UCUUAUCCACAUCCUCAUGCAGCUCUUCAACAACUUCAAAAUCGUAUUUCAACCUAUCUCCUUCGAUCUUAUCCCAUCCGAGAUCUUCCACUCAACAUCCGACCAGCUAUAGUCUUUUUGACAGCAACAUGGCUUUUGUUAUUAGGUAUACUGGGUAUGGCCCCAUUACCAGAAUUACCAGUCAAUGAUAAAGCUUUACAUUUCUUUGGGCUCGGCUUUGCUACUUUUUUACUCUACUACGUUAUCGAAGUACCCGAAGGUCCAGCGAGAAGAGUAUGGUAUAUCCGUCGAGCGCCUCUUCUCUUGACUCUCAUAUUAAGUUUCUUCUUUGGGGGAAUAGUGAGCGAUAACUCUCAGGCAAAUUUACUCGGAUCAACUUUAUUCCUUUACCUAGCUCAUAUACUACAUCGACGUUCCCGUCGAAGAUCAGAACGUCAAGCAUUAUACCAACCUUUAGAUAGUUCGACCUACCGUGAUGCUCAAGGUCGAGAACAUACUUUCGAU